UCCAGGUUUUAUAGCUUUGUAGGUAUGGUUACCGGCGGUUGGGUCAUAAUUGUAUUACUUGGCUGGAUUCUGUUUUUGAGGCUUAGGUGUGAAUUACCCUGGCAUAUGCAGCAGUCGAUGUGCCCCACGAAGUUAUCGGCCCUUAAGACCUUACCAAAUAUGAUGUGCGAUGGCCGCGGUGAGCCUUACCCUUUGAUAAAAAUGGAAACUCUUGUAAAGGACGCAUCGUUCAAAUAGUUAUUUAAAACAAGUACAUGCGG